CCUGACCCUGACCCUGACCCUGAACCUGACCCUAAAACCCUGAACCUGAUGAGGCGAAGGAAAGUCCGCGAGCUGGUGCGCAAGCUUACGCCGACCCAGCCGGGAAAUAUGUGGCUAUAUCAUCAUAUGAAUUUGUAUCUGCAGAACCUUACCAAGAGAACCUAAAGCCUCAGAACGUAGCUGCAACAUGGUGACAGACCUGCCCCCGGAACUUGUAGAGCGAGCAGCACAGGAGCUCAACGAGACUCCCGAAAGCAGGGCUACAGGCCUCAAAGCGCUUCACGACCACUACAACACCCACCCCGACCAGCGACCCCACCGGACCGAUGACGCCUACCUGCUCAUGUUCCUGCGCUGGGCCAAGUUCGACGCCGCCAAGGCCAUGGGGCGGCUGGCGGCACUGGAGCGCUGGAUGCACGACUGCCGAGACGCGCUGGGGGAUGUGGCGGAGCUGCGUGGCGAGGCGUUCAGCGACAUCAUGGCCAAGGGAUUCAUGUGCAACAUGCUCAGCCCCGAGCACAGGACGCGCGACGGCGCGGCGGUGACGCUGCUGCGGCCGCGCUGCCUGCUGCCCAUCAACGACCCGGCGGUGAUCCUGCGGCUGCACAUGUGGCACCUGAUGCGCGCCGUGCAUGACCCCCACAUACAGGUAUGCGGGCGUGUGGUGGCGCCCUCCUUCAAGGGCCUCACGCUGGCCCAGGGGCUGCAGAUCCGGCGGGAGGUGCCGGCCUGGGUGCUGAAGCAGCACUUCAGGUUCCUGCAGGAGUGCAUGCCGUUCCGGCUGCGGGGCGUGUGGCUGGUGUACCAGCCCGCUUGGUUCAGCCUGCUGUUCACCUUCGUCAGGCCUUUCCUGGGUCCCAAGACCCGCUCCCGCAUCCGGCUGCUGGGCGACAACGCUGCAUCCAUGGCCGAGCUGAUGGACCCGGCCUACAUGCCCGCAGGCGACAUGCCGGGCGGCACCGGGGCGGACUGCGGCCGGGAGUGGUUCGCGCGGGAGCUGGCGCGGGAGGCGGCGGAGCGGGGGAAGGCCGGCGAGGGACAGGAGGGGAAGGAGGGGGAGGAGGGGAAGGAGGAGGUAGGGGAGGAGGAAGGAGAGGGGCACGCAGAGGGGAAGGGGAAGGAGGAUGGGUAGCUGGGGAGGGGACUCUGGAGAGGGGGCGUAGCUGCGGACGAUAGGCAAGCCGUUGGGGGCUUUGGAGAGGAGGGGGCGUGGCGUGCGCCAAGACCUAGAGUCUUACUUGAUGAUUUCCUGAGGAGCCCUGUGUGUGAGAGCAUCUGUACUGUUUGAACGAAUGCACGGCAUUGGCUUGAUGCGUUCGAAGAGAGCUUGGGGUAGACCCAGGCGCGUCAUCGCGCGUGCCUGCGCGUGCUGAGUGAUGAGGAGUGAUGCGAAGUCUCUGCCCCUUGUGUUCUUGCUUGUGUUUGGGUCCUCUGGCAGCUGGCCUGUACCUUGUUUGCAAUACUGCGAUACACCAAACGCCAAUCUUGAACUGUAACACCGCUGCAUA